AAGGUUUCGUUAGAAUCAAUCAAUCGAGACCCGCGAAGGGGAUCAAAUCGAUCGAAGCUGUCUCCCUCUCUAGAAUCGUGUACAGACUACAGAGAGAUACAGAGGACUCCCCGGUUUCAACAAAAAUAGAGAGAGAGAGAGAGAGAGAGAGAGAUGAAGAUCACAGCUCUUCUGGUUCUGAAAUACAAUUCUGAUGGAUCGGAUCCCAUUAUUCUGGCCAACGCCUCUGAUGUCAGCUCUUUUGGGUAUUUUCAAAGGACGGGGAUCAGAGAGUUCAUCGUCUUCGUUGGUCGAACCGUCGCCAAGAGAACUCCACCGGGGCAACGCCAAUCCGUCCAGCAUGAAGAAUACAAGGUGCAUUGUUAUAACAGAAAUGGUCUCUGUGCAUUGGGAUUUAUGGAUGACCACUACCCCGUGCGAAGUGCAUUCUCUCUUCUUAACCAGAUAGUAGAUGAAUACCAGAAGAAUUUUGGGGAAUCUUGGAGGACUCAGCAGGCAGAUGCAACUCAGCCAUGGCCAUAUUUAACUGGAGCUCUAACAAAAUUUCAGGACCCUGCAGAGGCUGAUAAGUUGUUGAAAAUACAGCGGGAGCUGGAUGAAACCAAAAUUAUUCUACAUAAGACCAUUGACAGUGUGCUUGCAAGAGGGGAGAAGUUGGACAGUUUGGUUGAGAAGAGUUCAGAUCUGAGUGCAGCAUCACAGAUGUUCUACAAACAAGCGAAGAAGACCAACCAGUGUUGCACCAUAUUAUAGGCAUUUCUGGCUAUGGAGCAACCUGCUAUUAAGUCACUGAACUAUAUUUCUUGUUAAUGAUGUUGAUUGUUGCAUGAAUCAUAUGUUUAACAAAAAAGUGGUGUGUAAUGCAUGUCAUUAGUUCAAAUGUGGUUUACUGGAAGGUAUUGGACUUCUUUUUCCCGUUUCCUGGAAGGAAAAACAGAAAACAGAAGAAA